AAACAUUGGCUGUGGCUUUGACUUUGGUUUGGUUUUGGCUUUGGCUUUGGCUUUGGCCUCGGCUGCAUUGCCGCGAGGCGUUCCAUUUUUAUUUUAAACGACUGGCCGGAUAACAAAGAAAGUGAGAUCAAGUCUGCGAGAUCGUGGCGAAAGAAAAAGAAGCUUCGCGUUCGUGUGCGUGGUUAAUUCGAAAGAAACUUUUUUGCUUUUGGCCGCGGAACAGACAAAUGUCAAAUACCAAUAGACCGUCGUGGAACUAAGACGCGCCCGUCGCCCGUCAAAGACCCUAAGAAAAUGUCGCAAAGUGUCAUCCAAUCAACCCCACUUUUCGGGGCUUUAGUUCUGUCAAUUUGUCUAUUCAGCCAAGUGCAGUGCGAUGUGAACGAUCCGAGGCAAGCGCGGAUUAUGCAGUUUUUAAGUGAACCCCAACCCCACUUCAAUCACAACCGACCACCGGGUCCUGGCUUAUUGCCCCGGAUAAGAUCGCGUUCGGAUAACGUACCUCAUCUCUCGGGGAACCCAAACAAAUUCCUGAGAUCUCCGCAACCUGCAACCGUUCAGCACAUCAUGCGUCGCGAGCAUUUGGGCAACUUUCCUGCGAACGACCAGCACCGGAGAUACCACUUCGACCAGAAUCAGGCCGGAAGAUUCGCCCACGUGAAGGACACUCCUGUGCUGGACGUCGGAAAGAACCAGUUCCCACCGCAGUACCCUUCCGAGCAGUACAUACAGAACUUCAAGUCCUCGCCGCGCUUCAAUGGCAACGUGAUUAUGAAGGACCAGAAGCCAGUGUAUGCACCCAUUCAGCAGCACGCGAUCCCCGUCCAGGCCUCCCAAUAUCUGCACUAUCCCAAGCUCUUCGGGCAGCAGGGUGCCAGCUUCAGUGUGGUGCCUUCCCAGCAAACCGCCCUGCAAAACAGUCAGUUCCCCCAGGACCCGAACAGUUACUCCGUUUACGAGGACUCGGACAACCUGCCCAAGCAGGGACUCAGUCAGGGGGUCAACUUCCGCCAGGCAGUGCCUCCAGCCAAGGAGUCGAAGGAGGCGCAGGAGUACUUGCAGUUCAUGAGCACCAACGAGUACUUCCUGCCCAAGAGAGACCCCGAUUACAAGAAGCUGGAUGCCGAGCGAGACCAGCAGAAGCAGCCCCACCACCAGUAUCCGCUGCAAUACAAUCAGCAGCAUCAGCAGCAACCGCAGCAGCUGCAACUCCAGCAACUGCAGCUGCAGCAGCAGCGACCUCAGCAACAUCAGCAACCGCUAAAGCAGCACGUUCCCUAUAAGACCGGUGGUCUAGACAACUCUGCCUCCUCCAGUUACAACGAACCCAUACAAGUUUCCGAUUUGUUCUACCAGCAAGAUCCCGCUCCGGCGAAUGCGGCUGUAGUUCGCGGCAGCUACCAGGCUGGACAGGAUGUUUUUGUGGUGAAGUCCGAUGGCAACAAGGCGGUCAAGCAUGUAGUCUCUACGCCCAUGUCGGUCCAAACAUCCACUCAAACACCGCCGAAGAGCCAGCACCUGGCGAAGAGCCACAAGAGCUUCACGCCGGAACCUCUGCGGUUCGAGUUCACCGAGCAGGACGCCAUCAGGGGAUCCAUGAAGUACACCCAGUCCCCGCUGGCGAAUCAGUAUUACUACGAAACGGUGGCCCAGAGUGUCCGCGAACCCGCCAAAGCUUCUGCCCCGAUCCUCGAACUUAGCAAGCCCAUCAAGGAGUACAGUGACGAUCCGGAAGACAGUGCCGAUACUGAAGGUGGAAAACAGCAAGAGGAACCGAAGGUGCCAAAUGGAAUAAGUUCUUCACCUCCUGAUGAUCCAAAGGACACGGAAAGUUACUGUGAGAAAAUCUGUGCUAAUGUGUACGAUGAAAACGAUGAAAUCAUUUGUGGAUCCGAUGGAUAUAUGUACACGGGGGAAACUCAACUGCAGUGCUAUUCGUCUUGUCUCAACAUAAGUGUGACGAUAAAAAGUAAAGGAUCAUGCUCAUAAAAUACUAAAUACUAAAAUAAAAAAUUAUUUAUUUUAAUUUAAUGUGUUUUAGCGAUUACAAUAAUUUGACAACCAGUCAGGUAUAGUUCUCUGUUAUGCCUGACUUCUGUCAUUGGGAAUGGUAGGGUUUUGUUAAACGUGAUUUUGAUUUUGAUAAAGUAUAAGAAAUAUUGUGCAUUUUUAACUUUGCUAUCUAAGAGCAAAAAAAGUAAUCAAAUCAUUAAAAUACUAUAUGUGCAUGAAUAUUCCCAUUGCAUAUUGCAUAUUAACAUACGAUCCCAAAAAGAGUUCGAAAAAUAAGUUAUAGUAAUAAAUUAUAAAAUUAAAAAGUGCAAA